AAGUUUUGAAGCAAGCAGGAAGAAAAGCAGGAAUAUCAUCUGAACUGAGAUCUGCUGCUGUGAAGAUGGAGUUUGUUAAAGAAGAGAGUGAGGAAAACACGAGUGAACCAGAAACCUGCAGAAUAAAACAAGAGGAACCAGAACCCUGGAAAAUAAAAGAAGAGGAGCCAGAAGCCUGGAGAAUAAAAUACGAGGAACAAGAAACCUGGAGAAUGAAACAGGAGGAACAAGGAGGCCUGAUGAAAGUGAAAGAAGAAAUACAAGAUCUGAAUGAGGUGGAGGAGAAACAUCCGUGUCAGAAUGAUCAUGAUGUCAAUGAAGAAAAAUCAGCGAGUUGCAGCAUUCGGAUAACAGAAGUCAAAAAGCCUUUCAGCUGCUCUCACUGUAAAAAAGCUUACAGACACAAAAAAGGCCCUGGGAAACGCAAGAGAAUUCAUAAUGUGGAAAAGCCUUUCAGCUGCUGUCAGUGUGGACAGACUUUCAUAUGUAACAAAAACCUUAAGAAUCACAAGUUAAUUCAUACUGGGAUAAAGCCUUUUACCUGCUCUCAGUGUGGAAAGAGGUUUACCAGGAAAAGUCAACUUAAGGAUCAUUUGCAUAAUCACUCUUCAGAAAAGCCUUUCAUCUGCUAUCAGUGUGGAAACUCUUUCACUCGUAAAACAAACCUUAAAACUCACAUGCUAAUUCAUACUGGGUUAAAGCCUUUUAGCUGCCCUCAGUGUGGAAAGAGUUUUAGACAGAAAGCACACCUUAAGGAUCAUUUAAUAAGUCAUUCUUCAGAAAAGCCUUUCAGCUGCUCUCAGUGUGGACACACUUUCACACGUAAAGCAGACCUUAAGAAGCACAUGUUUAUUCAUACUGGGUUAAAGCCUUUUAGCUGCCCUCAGUGUGGAAAGUGUUUUAUACAGAGAGGACGACUUAAUAAACACAUAAGAACUCAAGUGUGUGGAAAAGGGUAUAGCUGUUUUCAGUGAGGAAACAGUUUCACAUGUAAUGAAAAGCUUAAGAAUCACAUGUUAAUUCAUGCUAGGAUAAAGCCUUUCAACUGCUUUCAGUGUGGACUGAGUUUACAUUCAUGUUUAUAUUCAUUUAGCAGACGCUUUUAUUCAAAGUGACUUACAAUUGGGGAAUACAUGGAGCAGUUAAUCUCAUAGAGGUAAAAUAGACAGAAAGUGCUCGUAAAACCAAAUUUAAUUGUUCAGAUAAGUACAAGCUCGACUGGGAAAGUUUAAAGAUAAGAUUUUUUUUCCCCCUCAAAUGGUAACAAAGAUGAUACAUUUUCAGCCAUUGCUUGAAAAUUGUCAGGGAUUCAGCAUUCCGGAUUGGGGUGGGAAGAUCGUUCCACCAGCCAGGAAUGGUGAACGAGAAUGUUCUGGAAAGUGAUUUUCAGCCUCUCUGUGGUACCAACAGGUGUCAUUCACUAGCGCAUCUCACACUUUUGAGUGUAGAUUCGUAAUAGUGAGUGGAAGUAGACGGGUGCUGAGCCUGUGGCUGUUCUAUAUGCAAGCAUUGAUGGUCUUGAACUGGAUGUGAGCCACAACUGGACUGGACUCUUUUGGACUGGUUGAAGACCCGUUGUGCCACUGCAUUCUGAAUCAUUUGUAGAGGUUUGACUGUGCUUGAUGGAAGUCCAGCCAGAAGAGCAUUGCAGCAGUCCAGUCUAGAAAUGACAAGAAAUUGUGCUGCAUGCUCUGUCUGAUGUUGUUUCACCAGUAAACGAGGAUUUGAUCGUCACAUGAGAAUUCACACUUCUGGAAGAGCUGCCUCACCAGAAAAUUCACACAAAUUAAGACUCGCAUCUGUCCUGCGGGUUUUUCAAAUUCACGAAAAUAAGUGUGGAAAAUUUUGUACUGUGUGGGGAUGGAUAUUGUUAAGGUAUUAAAGGCAUUAGUGCUACUCCUGAUUUAUCUGGUACUAUCAGUU